GUUGCAGCCUUCGCAUUUUCUCAUUGAAAUUGAAUAAUCAGCUGUGUCGUGAUGACAAAAAUUUGUUGAUCUGUAAAAACUUUAAGUUUUUCUUGAUUUUGUAUAUGAUUGGGAGCGGUUUUUUCACAGAAGUUUCUCUGAGAAGUUGAUAAUGUUGAAGGGAGCAGUUUGUCUCGUAACGGGGGGUGCUUCUGGUCUUGGAAAAGCCACAGUUGAAAGGUUUAUACAACUAGGAUCCAAAGUUGUUAUCUGCGAUCUUUCAAAGUCUAAAGGAAACGAAUUAUCGAAAUCAUUAGGUGAAGACAAAUCUUUAUUUGUACCAGUAAAUAUUGUCUCUGAGAAUGAAGUAAAACAUGCACUUGAGGCUGCACAGGAGAAGUUCGGAAAAUUAAAUUAUCUAGUUAAUUGUGCUGGAAUAGGGGUAGCCUAUAAAACCUAUAAUUUCAAUAAAAAUGUGUCCCACAGCUUGGAUGAUUUUUUGAAAGUUCUUGAAGUUAAUACAAUAGGGACUUUUAACGUUAUCAGAUUAGCAGUAGGUCUAAUAGGUCAAAAUAAGCCAAAUGAAAAUGGAGAAAGGGGAGUUAUCAUAAAUACAGCAAGUACGGCAGCAUUUGAUGGACAAAUGGGACAAGUAGCAUAUGCAGCUUCAAAAGGAGCCAUUGUAGGAAUGACUCUACCUUUAUCUAGAGAUCUAGCAUCUCAAGGAAUCAGAGUUGUAACAAUAGCUCCUGGUCUUUUCCAAACACCCAUAUUAUCUGCAUUACCGGAGAAAGUAGUAGCUUUCCUAGAAAAAUCAGUACCCUUUCCUUCUAGACUAGGAAAUCCUGUUGAGUUUGCCCAAUUAGUUGAGAAUAUUAUUGAUAAUCCAAUGCUCAAUGGAGAAACGAUAAGAUUGGAUGGUGCUUUAAGAUUGCAGAUUUGAAAUGGAUAUAUUUCCUUGGAAUCCUUUUUUAGUUUAGUUCUUAAAAUAAAAACAUUGAAAUCUCCUGAA